AUGUUGUCUAACAUUCAGAGCUUUGCAGCGCUUGCUGUCGCCAUUGCUUAUAGCGCACUUGCUUCUACGUACAAGAGUGGCACUACGGUCAAUGUUGAUGGAACCUACUUUUACAUCCCAGCUUCGCCAAUCUCAAGUCUGGGGUUGGGACAGGAUCAGCUCAGUAGUGCCUGUAGUCCCGGUGACGAUUACAUACCAUUAACUGUCAUGACUGGCGACUUCAAUACUUUUGACGCAACUACAUUACAAUCAACGGUGACAAGUUAUCUCGGUGGAGACGAUGUAUUCAAUACUGGGUUUUUGCAAGCAACAACGAGCUGUACUUCCGAGCUACCCGCGGGCCCAUAUUUCCUCCACGCUUAUACUGGCGAUGUGUUUCAAGCUUACAGACUCUACUCAGACUAUGAGGGAGCAUUCACAGAAGGUACCAUCGCAAAUGCAGAUGGAAAUUUCAGCACGAUGUCCGCCUCAAUUCCAGGAGUUCAAUCACCAACAAUCGGCGUCCCUUCAAGAUUGUAUUACGCAAAGUCAGACGCUCAGCCACUUGCCGGCGUCCGUCUUGGAGUCAAAGACAUCUACGACGUCGCUGGAACACGUCGUGGUUGCGGCAACAGAGCUUAUUAUGACCUCUAUCCCGAACGCCCAACAACCGCACCAGCGGUCCAAAGACUCCUAGAUGCGGGUGCUGUCCUUGUUGGCAAGAUGAAGACAUCCCAAUUCGCGAACGGGGAAAUGGCAACUGCUGAUUGGGUCGACUAUCAUUCUCCGUUCAACGCUCGCGGUGAUGGGUACAAUGAUCCAUCUUCGUCGUCCUCGGGCCCUGGCGCUGGUAUCGGUGCAUAUGACUGGCUUGAUCUCGGACUUGGGUCAGAUACAGGUGGCAGUAUCCGAAAUCCUGCUCAAGUGAACGGAGCUUUUGGUAAUAGACCCAGUCACGGUCUUGUAACUCUUGACAAUGUGAUGCCUCUGUCGCCCCUCAUGGAUACAGCAGGCUUCAUCACUCGAGACGCAAGUCUUUGGAAAACGACAGGUCACGUGCUCUACAGCAACAACCUUUUCACGUUCACUUCGUUCCCAAAGAAACUCUAUACAUCGACAUUCCCCACAAACAUCACCUCUGAAGCAGAUGCUGUCAUCUUAGAUUUUCUUUCCAAGCUUGAAACGUUCCUUGGUGUCAAUGCUUCGGUCCUCGAUUAUGAUUCCAUGUGGGCAUCCUCACCAGAAGCAGCAUCCACAAACGCGAGCACGCUGAGCGACCUUCUCACACUCACAUACCCCACCUUAAUUGGAAAACAACAAUAUACCCUCUUCGGAGCCCCAUUUAUAGCUGAUUAUCAAGCUGCUCACGAUGGUCGGCAACCCUUCUUGGAUCCCAAUCCUCUCGUACGAUGGACUUGGGCUCAGACGAACGCGACGACUCUUGAGGAGGGCAUUAACAACAAGACCAUUUUCAUGGAUUGGUGGAAUAGCGAAGUCAUUAAAUCAGAUCCUGAAACUUGUUCCGAUAGCUUGUUGUUGUAUCCUGGGACAUUGGCUACGCCGAAUCCUCGCAAUGUGUAUCUUUCUCCACCUGUCAUUCCAGCAGGAUGGAGUAUCCAGAAUGUGGCGAUUAUGGCCGGCGUGCCGGAUAUGGUGUUGCCUGUUGGCCAAGCACCGUACAACUCGACUAUUUCACUCCACGAAGAAUAUUUACCAGUCGCUGUAGAUAUCAUCGCUGCUCCAGGUUGCGACGCGGUGAUCUUUGAGCUUGCAGAGCAGUUGCAAAAUGCUGGUAUCAUCAAUGCACCCAAGGCGGGAAGCACAAUGUAUCGACGCGAAGUAUCUGCUCGCUUAGAAUAGGGGCUGUGAAACAUGGAC